AUGAGCGGAGGGUAUAUAGGUUCUAAGAUCAGUUUGAUAUCGCGGUCAGAUAUACGUUAUGUCGGCAUCCUGCACAGCAUUAACUCUACCGACUCGACGGUUGCUCUAGAGCAAGUGCGCUCGUACGGAACAGAAGGGCGAAAGGGAAACCCCGCUGAGGAGAUACCACCCUCCGAUAAUGUGUUUGAUUACAUAGUUUUCCGAGGUUCAGACGUAAAAGACUUGCAUGUUUGUGAAGCGCCAGCACCCCCACCUUCUUUACCUCCUCAAGUUCCCAACGAUCCUGCUAUUCUCGGGACGACUGCUCCACGACCGCCAAAUUUCCAAAGCUUUGGCCCACCACCAUUGAACCUAAAUGUUGGUGAAAACGCAUCCCGAGAAGUCGAACAGCAGAAAACACAAUUAACACAAUUACAGAAGGAACUUGCUGGACCCGAUAAAGCUGAAGACCAUAAACUAGAGAAUCAAGUUAGUGGAAAUAAAAGCAUUUCCAACAAACCCGGUUCUAGCUCGCGUUCGGCGAUAGGGCAUGUAGCAAACACUCGCAAUGACAAUAUGAAGGAAGCAUCCGCUGCUGCCGUGGAGAAAUUGGCAAAGAGUGUCAGCGAGUUGAAUGUUGCGGAGACUAGUGUAUCUCCUUUAUCCAAUACUGUCCACACGAACGAUCGGCAAACGAAUUUUCAUGGUUACAGCCAAAAUCGGUCAAGCAAUAACAGAUUACCUGGUAUGGGCGGUCACCUUCUUCAGCAACCUCGACGUGGUCGUGGUCGACGGAACUAUGGCCAAAAUUACGAUCGCAACCGUGUAUCUGUCCCGACAUCUGACUUCGAUUUUGAAUCAUCAAACGCUAAAUUCAAUAAGGAGGAAAUUGUAAAAGAAGUUGUAAAGAAAUCUCACGUCGGCCAUGAUGUAAAAGAUGGAAAGGACGUAAAGGAGGGAAAGGAGGAAGACAUCACGCAAGUUGAAGACGAGGAGGAGGAUGAUGAAGUUGUCAUACCGCCUGCCGAAACAUUCUAUGACAGAACUAAAUCAUUCUUUGAUAAUAUUUCUUGUGAAACGAAAGAGCGAUUGGAACAGCAAGGCCCUGAUGGACGACGCGGGUUGUCCGUUGCCGAGCGAAGACAAAAGCAAUCGGAAGAAAGGCGCUUGAAUCUUGAGACGUUUGGACAAGUUUCGAUUGACGGUGGAAGGUACCGUGGUGGAUAUCGCAGUCAGGAGGAUACUCAAGCAAUUAUCGAGGAAACAAUUUCAGGGUAUGCCUUUUAA